UGUGACCAGGUUACUUUGAACACUGAGCUAAUUAUCCAAAGAAUUCAAACAAAAGCCACACUUUUACUUCAGUUAUUCUGUAGAUCUUCUAUUUUUAAAAAGCACUUACAAAUCAGGUAACUGAGCUGUUCAUUUGUCUCUCCAUUUAGCCUUUCUACGGAAAACUGUCAUUCAAAUUCUCUGAGUGGUAAGUGGGAGUAGGAGGUGGGGACUCUUACAGGUAAAAAGCAGACCUUUCAUUGUCCUUUCUCCUGCCUUUAGUCUGUCUUUAGGUCUACUGGGAGCCAGAAACUAGAAGGUGAGGAGUGAGGAGUGAGGAGUGGAAGUGUUGCUUCAUAGUGUGAUGGAAAGAAUUUUAGAUUUGGAAUCAGGAGACUUGGGUUUGAAUCUGGACUCCACCAGCUUGCUGUGUGGAGCACAGCAAGUCACUUCCUAGCUCUGUGCCUCAGUUUCCUCACAUGUAAAACGAGGAGGCUGGACUAGAUCAUCAUUAAGUUCCCUUCCAACUCCAGACCCUAUGAUUUCAAUAAUCAUCUCCCACUUCCUGAGGUUUUAUUUUGCUGAGGGCUGCUCCCAGUCUAAACAGAUUCUUCCAGUUUAAAAAAAAAAAUGAGUGUAUGGGUAAAGCUGAAGUAUGGGAAAGAAACAAGAGGUGGGGGCUGGUUAACACACAUCUGAGUACUGUCCCCUAGGAGGGAGGAGACUGGGAAAAUUUACCCAAAGAGAAAGACCUUCUCCGAUCAGUCUACCUCCUGGUAGGGUCUUGUUCCUGGCACUACUUACGGGUACUGUCGGUACCUAAUCAGGAAGAGCAUCUCUCUCUAGUUGCUUGUGCAAGGCUGAGCUGUACUGGGACUAGGCGAUGCCCAGGGGCCCGCAGCGACUGGGGAAGGUGCUGAGGGAGCUCGCUGGCCCUAGAGUCCCGAAGGAAGUACGUGCAGAGGGUUAACUUUGGUGCGAGAUGCUCACUCGAAUAGUGGGAGGCUUGGACAGACUCUUUGGUUGGGGAAAGGCCACUUUCCCCCAAGGGUGAUGAAGCAGGAGAUGAUGGCCAGGGGGGCUGGGCCAGCUGGGUGUGAUGCAAGGGUGUGUGUGUGUGUGUAGACGUGUGUGCGCCCCACCGAAAGCAGUCUCCUCCUCUUCUGGCAACUUGAACCUAUGACUGCAAAGCUCCCUUUACAACUAUCAACAGGCUGAGAGUGCGUGUCUUUCUGUGUAGUGGAGGGGGGGUGGGCAGCGAGGCGAGGGACACUCAUUUUGAGGCAGAAGUCCCGGUGCGAUCCACAGGCCAGGAACCCAGGCGUCCUCUCCUACCUCCUACCCUUGCUCUGGGUGAACUGCCGUGAGAAACUGUAGUGACUGACUCGGAAGACAUCCCCUGUUGAGUGCCUUUCUUCCCACCCUCCCAUCCUUUGGGUCUCGGGACUGGGGCAGUAGGCGUGCAGAGUUCAGCGGAGCGGAUGGACUUGUGGGCAGGUUGGGAAGCCCCGCGGGGGUCGUGGGGCCACCCGGGAGGUCCCGAAGGUCAGCUGCAGUGAGGACGCGAGGGCUGAUCCAACCUGUGCGGCUAGUCCGGGCGAAGGCGGGGAAAACCGGGCGGGAGGUCCUUUCCGAGAGAAUUGGAAGCUCGUGACCAUGGUCCCCAAGUUGUGGUUGCUCGUGUUCCUCGGAGCCUGCACAUCUGGAAUCCAGCAUUGGGACGGGGCUGCUCUCCAGGGCCAGCGGAACAGCUCAGGCCGGCUGCAGUGGGAAUCUCAGUGUCAGUACCAACUUCGCCAUCUUCAGGACGGAGCCAGAAUUACUGCGCUGCUACCUCCAAGGCUGGAGGGUCACUGGAUCUCCACGAGCUGUGAAGUGCGUCCAGGGCCAGAGUUCCUCACCAGGUCAUACAUGUUCUACUCAAACCGCCUGUUUAAAGCAUACCAGUUCUAUUACCAGGACUCUUCCUGCCGGGAACCCUUGUACUCCCUGCUCAUCAAAGGCAAGCUCCGCCUUCGCCAGGCAUCCUGGAUAACACGAGGGGCCACAGAAGCCAACUACCACCUGCACAAGGUCGGCAUCGUCUUCCACAGCCAGAGUGCUAUUCUGGAGAUAGCAGAGCGCAUCAAUCAGACAGGAGGCAGAGGCUGUAGUAAAUUACUCCCCCCUGGGAGGUCCUGGACUCCAGGGACUGUCUAUGAACUCCUGAGUGCCAAGGCAGAGAGAGACUGCACUAGGGCCCUCGGCUUUGCCAUGCACGAGCUCAGCCUGAUCCGAGUGGAAAGGCAGUACAAGCUGCAGCAGAUGCCAGGCAAUAGGGUGGUGGAGGAGCUAUAUCUGGGUGACAUCCACACGGAAUGGUCAGAAAGGCUUCACUACAGACCCACUGGGUAUCAACGCCCACUCCAGAGUGCCAUGCAUCACUCGCAUCCAUGCCCAGCUUGUGGAAUCAUCUACCGUUCGGAUGAACACCAUCCCCCAAUACUACCCCACAAGGCAGUGCUGCCCCUGAGACUCAGUGGUAGGUGGGUCAGCAUGAGGUGUGAGGUCCGACCUGCUGUACUCUUCCUCACCAGAUUCUUCACUUUCCAUGGGAGUAACCGGACAUGGGAAGGCUAUUAUCACCACUACUCUGACCCUGCCUGCCGACAGCCCACAUUCACUGUGUAUGCCUUUGGGUAUUACAACAAGGGCACCCUAUCUACCAAGGUCAGAGGUGGCACGGAGCUAACAUUCAAAGUCACCCAGGCCCGUGUGACACCAAUGGAUCAGGUCACUGUGGCGAUGCUGAACUUCUCACACCCAGGGAGCUGUGGGGAUGCAGGGUCCUGGUCUCUUGGAAUUGAGCAGGAUGUCACACCAACCAAUGGGUGCUUGCCACUAGGCAUCAAGCUCCCUCAUGUGGAGUUUGAACUCUUUAAGAUUGAACAAGACAUAAAAGGCCAAAGCCUGCUGUUUAUUGGAGAGAGGCCCACAGAUGGCUCAAACCCAGAUAUCCCAGAGAAGCGUCCCACUUCCUAUCAGGACCCUCUGGUCCAAUGUGCUGGAGCAUCCGGUGGCUUUUCAAGACAACUUCAUCACAGUCAUCAGCCAGAAAAAUAUAGGAGUAGCAGGAACAGAUCAUCAAAAGUAUACUCUAUGGGAAGCCUACUUCUGAUCAUAGCCCUGUCAUUUUUAAGGUGGGACUUAAAUUGAUCAAAUUGUUGGCUCCCAAAGUAGGAGGGAAUUCCCUCCAGAAUUUGAGACAUCCCUCCAGGCACAUUUCCAAGAUCAGCACCUUCUUUUCUAAUCCCUGAGACUCUGUAUAUGCUUAGACAUGGACAGAGGGAGGGUAGUAUUCUUGAGACUAGACUGUGGCAUGCAAAUAUCCACCUCCAAGUUACUGAGUAAUGCUGAUUCAACUCAGCAGUUCAUACUAAAGCUGAUGACAUGAAUUUUUAUUCAUGCUGCCUUGAGCUUUCAGUGGCCUGUAUUCAGAGGCAACCUCAGCCUCCCAAAGUGCUAACUGCUGGAAUUUCUGUGCUUCUCCAGAUCAGAAUUUUCAGCCUAGAAAUCCAGCCUUCCAGGACCUGUUUAUGAGGUAGGGUUCUAUCUAAAGAGUUCUUCCUUUGGUCUCAUCCAAAACUAAGGGACUCAAAGAUGUCUGAGAAGCAGGUUAACCCCUACACCACCACUUCCAGAUCACACAGAAGCAAGUUUACUGUUAGCUCUUGUUUGAAUUUCCUUUGGCAUUUUUAGCCACUGGAUAGUCAAAGAAUUCAUCUGGAUUUACAGCAUAUAUAGUUUUUCUUUCUUCAUCAGAAAAUUCCCAAUUCUAUAAAUACUAAUAAGAGAGAAUAUGUCACGGAUAUUUUAUGGGUGGGUGGCUUUUGAUCCAUUUUAUUAUUCUUUAGAUCUAUUUUACAAAUAGGUAAGCGCAAAUCUAGAAAAUGCAUUUUGUUCUUUUAUUCUUUAGUUAUUUAUAGCCAGUACCCCAGAUGAAUAAGGGCUAUUUUGGGACUUCUUGACCUUUACUGUGUGUCAUGGAAUCCUUCUCAGAAAGAUGUUUUUAAGUGCAUAACACAAAAUGCAUAGAAUUAAAAAGGAAACCAAUUACAUUAAAAUUAUUAAAUAUUUUUAAAAGCCCAUAGACUCCAGGCCAAUGACCCUUGGAUUAUAUGAUCCUUAAGGUUGUUUUUUAUCUUUGUCUCCACAACAUCUUGCACAUCGUACGGACUUAAUCUUUGAAUCCAAUUGUUAAGGUUCCGUUUAAGGCCUAUAACCUCUCAGUCAACAACCUGAAGUGUGAAUUUACUUAUGUGGUACAGUUAACAGUGGACUAUAAUUGGGGAUGGGGGGUGGAAAUAGUACUAUAGUAUCAUUUUCAUACUGCUAAAAAUUCCUCCGGUAUGGUGAACUCAGAGGUCUUGAGAAACAUUUUAAUGAUCUCCUCCUUUCUUACUCCAUCCCACUUGCAUCACUCACAUUAUAUAUUUUAAGAUUCAAAUCCAGGUCUUACAAGUGACUUUGUGAACUUGGACAACGAAAUCCCUUUCCUUUGCUGGUCUGGUUUCCUCAUCUGUAAAAUGAGAGGGUUUUUAAAUGAUUUCUAAAGUCCUUUCCAGCUCUGGAUGAUAUGACAGACCUAUUACCUAUAAAACAAGUGCUUUAGAAUUCAUCAUCCCAGCCCACUUAUUUUGUUCAACUGGCAUCUGCUUGAGAAAGCCCCAUCUGACUUCUCUAAGCAUUCUUGUUUUUAAGAAAAGUUAAUCUUUGCAAGUCUCAAACUAAAAAGGGCUUUCAGAAGGCAUAUUUACAGAGCUACAGUUACAAGAUUAUUUAUGGUUUUAAACCAAAUGUAUAAAGUUGUGGGGCUUUGGAGGGGGGUAGAGGUUUCAGGGGAUGCCAUUUCCACUAACCAGUUCACCUAUGUGUGGUGCAAAUGAAUCACAUUUGCACAUUAAUCACAUUACAAUUUUUAAUCACAUUAAAAUUUAAACUUAAAAAUCUUUUUCAUAAACAAACAUACCAACUGAAUGGUGUUCCCUGUGGUUAUUACAGAUUGACAAGUGUAAGGGCUUGUGUUCUAACUUCGAGUACCUAUGGUAGCUAAGAUUUCUUCAUAUAUACAUCCUCUUGCUGCACACUGGACCCAGAAGUAUUUGGGAAGAAGCUUAAAACAGAACACAUAACUACAUUAAAUUACAAAGUGCACAUUAAAGGGAAUAUUCAUCCCCUUACAAGUAGACCUCAGUGUUUCUCCAUUUCUUUACUCAGAACUUAAGGAUUCUGAUUUCAGGGCCAAUAUAUCAAAUGUUUUUCUUUGCCUGAUCAGUUAUUAUCACUAGAAAGGGAAAAAAUAUACUGUUUUUCUUUUGGUCAAUGGAAAUUAUCAUUCCAGGCUCAGGCUUUUACAUUCUUUUGGCAACAUUUCUAGAGUUGAAGUUGAGUGUAUAGGUGUGAAUGUUCUAUGAAAAAAUGAUUAUUGUGUCCCAUUUGCUACCUGUAGGGCUUCAGUUUGUUGAAGAUAUCAGAUGGGAUAUCAAAGCUGGGGCUGUCCUUGACCUACCCUGCAAACUCCUGUAGCAAACUUUGGCUCAUGACGCACCCCACAAAUCUGCAUGAGACCCUUGAAACAUCCUUGGGUGCUGGUAGAGAGAAUUAAAGAGCACUAGAUUCUUAAAAUAUGAUAGUGCAUUAGUAUGUUUUGUCCUAUUUACAAAAGAUUUGAUGUUGGUAUAACUACAUAUCAUACGCUCCUACUAUGUUAGAACUUUUAGAAUUAAAAAAAAGUACAGCUAUUCAAGUCCCAUUGAAAUAGAUACUAAUUAUCCAAAUUAUUAUUAUUAUUUUGAGACUGUCUCUCUCUACCUUGCCCAGGCAGGAAAUGCAACAGCUACCAUAGGACUGAUUCCAAUAUGACUUGCCACGGAAGCUUUAACUUGCUCUACUUUUCCAACCUGGGCCAGUUUGUUCCUCCUUAGGCAGCCUGGUAGUUCUCCACUCCUGGGAGCCCACCAUAUUUGUGUCAGACUUACUGUUGACAUCUGAUUGGCGUUAGCCCUACCGUAGCUCGGAGAUCCCCAACUCAAGAAAUCCACCAGCCUUAGCCUUCCUAGCAGCAAGGACCACAGGUAUGGGCCAUUAUGCCUGUCUGUUUUCCUGGUUUUUCUAAGGAUGUGUUUAAUCUCACAUUGGUGCUGCUGGAGACAAGUGUCCAACAGUGCAAUGCAUACUUGUUGAUUAACUGGAUCACCAACUUCUGGUAAUGUAGAUAUUUACGGAAUGGGAAGGGUUGAAUGGGGGAGGGGGAAUGAGGUCGUAGCUGUCUGAAGAACACUGAAGGGAAGUAAAGUAUACCUUAGGGCUAGAUGAGGCUCUAGGAGGGGAAAUGAGGUAGGUACUUCUGAGUGAAAUAAAAAGUAUGGGCAUUUUGUCUCAUUUUUUAGUGCAUCACAGUAAUCUUUAAUGACCUCAAGUGGCCAUGAGAUCUAACAGUCUGACACAUGCAAAGAGGGCCCAAAAAGAGCCCCAUACAACUGCAAGGCUGGAGGAAAUAAUGCUGGCCUUCCAUUAUUCAUACACUACCUCUCAGGUUGCUUAGCUUCUAAGUCAGGCUAAGCUGGGAGCCCAAGCCCGAGAGCUCUGAAUUCACACCCAGAGAAGCACAACUAUGUAGUUUGAACAUCAUAUUGGGUGGCUGUGGAGUGACUGGCAUACUCUAAGUAAGGAGAGCUAGAGGAUGCUUACUUUCCAGCAGUCGAACUAUCCAAAGCAGGGAGUGCUGCAAGUUAGAGACAGCUGCCAUCUAUGAAUAGCAGGUUACAGAGUCUGGCAAAACUUUUUCUUACACUUGACAUAUUGCUGCCUCCAGUUUUAAUAUAGCUUCCUAUAUGGGUAGGGAUAGGGAUAGGGAAACCACCCUGUCAACUUAUUUACCUAAAAUUUUUCGUCUUUGGUUUCAGGGUCUCAGUUUCCUUAUCUGUUAAAUGAGGGUGACGUGGGUGAUCCCUGAAGGGUCCUUCCAAGUAUGACAUCAUAUGGCUCUUUGCCCAGAUGACUAAGAGAUUAGGAGAUCGACCUGAAAGGAUUUAAUGAUCUAUUUGGAAAGGAAUGGCUAUAAAACUAUUAAGACUUCUAAUGGUGAGGCUUUUUUCCGGUGAUAUUUUUAUCUUUGGGGCUGCCAACAGUCUACCCUCCUCGCUAUGACACUGAUAUUCCUUCUCCCUCCAUUAAAUACUCCUUUGCCCUCAUGCUUAUGAUUUUAAGGCAAGUUAGAGUUAUCUACUCAAUAAAACAGGACGGAAAUAGAUCAGAAAAAGGAACCUACUCUUAGGCUUCAGAUUAUGAAGACUUGUGAUCUGGGAUGACAGUUUCUGCAUGAUGAAUCCAUUUCCCCUAAAAGCAGAAUCAUAAAUGCUGUUGUCCAGAACUCUUAAGACUUGUAGGUCCUUUUUCGUUUUGUCAGGAGGCUGGAAGAAGGGUUGGUGGGCCUUUCUGGAGACUCAUUGUUAGGAGAGGGGCUUUUAUUAAAAAAAAAAAAACUCCCAAGGGUUAAAGCAAAAAAAGAUGACAGCAUGACAAAAUCUCACAUUUCCGGAGUUAUGCUCUGGAAGCAAGGAACUAAGGGUUUCCACAUCCAUUACCCCCAUGUACACUCCCUGAAGAUUUCUGUAAUUUAAAAUUGCAAAUAUUCUAAGGCUUCAAGCCAGCAGCAGAGUCAGCAUCGUGACAAAAUGGAUUUUCUGGGCUCAAUCUCAGAUUUCAACCAACUCUUGCAAACCUUUUAAAAAUGGAAGGUCUUGAGGGCAGAGAAUGGUUGCCCAAGUGUGCACAUGGGCAUUUAAUGUUUGUGGCACGAGCAAGAAACAUAGCCAGGCAGAAGUAGCUUGAUGGCAGUCCUACACCUCCCACUCCUGUCCCCUAAGCAUAGAGGGCAUUUUAUUUCCACACAUUUUUCUAUUCCUCCCUUUCUGGAAGUAUUUUUUAAGAGAUCAAACAUGACUAAGAAAACAGGCACUAGGUAAAAGAAAAGCUCUCUUUUCCUCAGCAUGAGUUAGGGACUAAGUGCAUCUUAACUUAGGUUUAUGCAGUUCUGAGAGUAUCACUAGAUGUAGCAUCAAGUUGUCUAAUGUGCAUAGCUAUUAACACUGGCUCAAUGAAUUCAAACUUUUUUUCCUUUUUUCUUGUUUUUACUCUAUAGAAUAGACACUAGCCUAGCGUUUCCCAUCCCACCCUCCUCCAGUUUACCUCUAUCUUUCCAAUAAAUAUGCUUUACUGUG